GAUAAUAUAUACAGACCGGGUAGGAAUGUAAAAACAACUGCUGUUUAUCUCUCAAAUGGGCGCCUUUAGAUAGAAGAACGCUAUAUAAGACCGUACAGUUUUGCUAGAGGUGUUGGCACAGCGAUUCAACUAUGAUCCGCUACGCCAGUUUCGCCUUGUUGGUCUUGAUUGGGUACGCGUGUGGGAAUGUGCGCCACACCACCACCACACCCUUCCCACAUGUCGACCUUCAGGGCAGGAUUGAUAACUUCCACGUCCGGAUGGAGGAGAUCAUGCGCCAGAUGAUGAUGCAGCAGUUGUACGUGGAGGAAAGAAUCCGAUCUGACGGGCAGUCUGGGGUCAAACAGAUCAGACAAUACCAUGACGGCUCAAGACCCUAUUAUUCUGAGACGCACACCUUCAGGGGUGUGUGCUCUAUCCACAACCAUGCCAACUAUGAUCGCACCGUUGGAAUGGGCGAAGUAAACAUGGUCAUCAACGGCGUUGACUUCAGAACGAGGCACAACGACUACAAACUGCGCAUGCCAAGCACGAAUUCUUCAAUGUUUCACGCCAUGAAGGACAUUCCGUUCCCUGGUGUACCACCGGAAGUGACGGCCCAGAAAACAGUCGUAGAACAGGUGGCGGAAAUGAGAGAAUGGUUCCGAGCCUGGAAUGACCAGGACCAUAGCACUCGAGACUACAGGAAGUACUUUAAACCCGUCCUGUGUUACAUGGAAGCAGCAUGGACGAUGGACACCCAACACUUCUCCGAGCCCUUCAGCAGCGACCGACACGCCAUCGACGCAACCAGCUGGCUUGAUCUUCAGGAAAAGGUCAGGUUCACAUCCUACUCCGGGAGCAAGAACGUCAAUGAGAACUUCGCCUAUCUCCCUACCGCAAUCAUGGAAGUAGUAAACGGCACUCCAGAGUUCGCCCAGUGGAACUACCGUAUUCUGUGUCAUCCACUGAAGAAAGACAUUCCCUUGAAGUACUUACAUGUCGUAGAUGACCUCUCUGCAAGACUUCCUCAUGGUGAGACCAUGCGUGAGUUCAGUGAAAGUCGGUCAGGGCGAUUUUCUCUCUACGAUGAGGAUGGCGGGAAGACCUACUCGCUCAUGGACGACUUGAUGAGUGAAAUUCCCGGCAAAGACAACUACCAGGCCAAUCUGACGGAGGACGUCUUCGGCGAGCUACUGUACGACGCCUCAAAGACAGACGAUACACCCCUUAACACAGGUUACUACCACCGGUGGUACAAGGUGGGGAAAAGUGGAUCUCCAAAAGAGGUCGCGCAUCGUGGUUUCUCCGACCGGAACCUGUGGGUGGCGCAGACCACCCAGCCCCGCGUUGCCCCCAUGAGUGUGGAUCAAUGCACACUGGACCCUGUCUCACAAAACAAGACGUGCCAGUCCUGGACCCGGCGCUACACGUACGCCGUACCCCUCGAAGUGAUCUACUUGAGCCCCUUAUACAGCUGGAACCCAUACGAUCUGGAGAACUGGCCAAGAGGAUCCCAGGCUUUUGAAAUCCAAAGGGUGGGAGGCAAGACGAACGACACGGCAUACAACGGUACUGGCUUCAAGACCUUCUACCACACACCUGUUGAAUUCUUCACGGGCAAGGAAGUGGCCAGGGAUCCUGCUGACACCACCAAGAGCGGUGUUGGGAUGCUGGACAAACACGGGAAGGUGCAGCUAGCAGAGGCUUCGGGCACUAGGAUCUUCCUUCCAAAUAUCCCGGGGGUAGGGACACUGAGGAUGCGGUACCCCAUCGUGCCUGUCCAUGGAGAGGGUUCUGGGGUGUGGAAGGAGCUUGACGCUCUCAAAGACAUGGUGAUGGACAUGGAAAAAUACAAGGGACUCUUUGAGAAUCCUCCAAACCUCUCCGGCUCCAGCAACGUCACUGACUCCGCUGAGAUGACGUUACACCUGAGAACCGGCGUCGCAACCAAGAAUCCACCAGGUCCACACGUCCAUGACGUCUUCUUGUCCCACGACGUUCAGGAUACCUUGAAAUCUGGAGGUCACACAAGGAUUUUCACAGGCGAAGCUCUAGGUCACACCCAUCAGCUGCUGAUUGGCUACCGCAACACGUACACCAUCAUGCAGUGUGACGGAAGCCAGGUCUGCUGGGACGGCCAUCCUUCCACUUUGUAUCCAGUAGACUAGCCUCCUGGUGAGGUGAUGAAUAAAGUGCAUGCAAAUACUAA